ACAAGUGAAAAAAGCUGAUUUCGUAUAGCUUCAGCUUUUCAUACAGAAUCAAAGGUCUUUGGAGGCAUACUUAACUUUUCGUUUCGCCCAAACGGUAAGAACUUCUGAGAAACAUAUUACUUACGGAGCGUUUUUAAAGUAGCUACUUCAUGGUUCGUGUCUGACAUCACAUGAUUAGUUAAGGAAUGUUAUUUUCCCUAUAUUGGGAAUUCUGAGCUUCACAUAAAGUAAGUUAAAAAUAACUCUUAGGAAACAUGAUGAUGUCUACACUACUUAGAAAUGCAACAGCUCUAAAAAAAAUGGUGUGAAAAAUUUCCUUGCAAUGAGAGUUAUGGAGGGCAGUUAUUAAAAAGCCCCUGACUGAUAGUCAUGGUUUCCAUAUUGCUUAAAAACUACGAAUGUAAACAGAAAAAAAAAAAACGAACCUAAGAUUAAAACAUAAUUAUUUUCUGAAGUGGAACGCUACAACUGGAGAAAAACAGUUUUUCUCUCAGUCUUCGGAAAAGCUACCUAGUGAGCUUUUUGCAUAGAAUGAGCAAUUCACGUUGACAUCUUUCUCAACUCUUCAAAUUUUUCAUUAUUGCUCAAGUUUAAACUUUUUUAAGCAAGAUGUCGUUAUUGCCUCCUGUGUACUCUGAGCCCAAUUAUAAAUUAAACUUCGUUGCCAGCAGUCCUCCUCUCAAAUGACGCUGUUAAUUGUUUUUCUGAUUUGCAUCACGGUUGAUAGAACCCAAACUUACCUUUGUAAUUUUCAGAGAUAUUCAAAUUUAUCUGAAUUGCUCAAGUACAGACACAGCUGUUUUAGAAGUUGAAUUUCUCUGUCUGGUCAUUUUGAAAGAGGGAGAUAAACUCUCUCGUUUUUCUUUGCAGUAAACAGACCACCGUCUUGAGGAGAGGAAAAAAGAUGAGGUGCAAUGAUAUCGUUCUCUUUAUUGUCGUUUUACGCUCCACAGUUUUCAUGGUGAACGGAGCACUGGAAGUGAAUGAAACUCGCCUUCACAAGGAGUUAUUCAAAGGAUAUAACAAGCAUGCACACCCCAGGCUACCAGGGACAGGUCCGGUAGUGGUCACUUUUGAUUUUCAACUUAUUCGGAUCCUUGAUGUGAGUGCAAGAAGUCAGUAUAUCACCACGUAUGCUUGGGUGAAUCAGUAUUGGGAGAACCGUUUGCUAAAAUGGGAUCCAAAAGAAUAUGGAGGAGUGGAGGAAAUUCAUGUGUCUCCAAGCGACAUCUGGGUGCCUGACACACUAUUAUACAACAAUAUAGACGAAGAGGAGCGAAUGGGAGGCGGUAGGACGACUUAUACCACUAACGUAGAACUGCGAUAUGAUGGCAAAAACACGUGGCUAAACCCCGCCAUGUUUAAAAGCAUCUGUAGCGUGGAUGUCACAAACUUUCCUUUCGACGAUCAAGAAUGUCGAUUAAAAUUCGGUUCUUGGGCCUUCGACAGAGCAAAGAUAGAUUUGGCCGUAAAAAACGGCAGCACCUUGAACUCAUACUACAUCAAAAAUGGUGAAUGGAAAAUGCUGAAACUGACCGCGAAGAGAAAUGCUCUCAAGUAUCAAUGCUGCCCGCACGAAUUUGUGGACAUAACAGUGAGUGUGAAAAUCCGACGAGAAUCAUUGGACUACAUUCUAAAGUUGAUUAUUCCAUGCUCGCUGAUUUCUUCCAUGAUAUUUUUGGGUUUUGUUCUUCCACCUGAGUCAGGCGAACGUAUUGGACUGAGUAUCACAGUUCUGCUCGCAAUGACUGUGUUUCAGCAACUCAGCUCCGAGCUCAUGCCUUCGUACGGCUUUCCACUCCUGGGACAGUUCUAUUUCGCAAUCAUGUUGGAAAUAGGUCUUUCCUUGGCUGUAACUACGCUUAUUUUAAAUUUUUACCAUCGCAACAGGCGUCGAAUGCCUAAGACUAUGAGAAAAGUGAUUCUUCAAUGUCUAGCGCGCGUGCUGUUUCCAUGUCAAAAACCAAAGAACUGGAACGAAAUCCAUCGAAAAAGCGUUCUUCGACGAAGACUUGAAAACAGCAAUGCUCUGGAUGCUGAGAGGGGGGUAUCCUGCAGUGACUCAGAGUUUUGCGAAGAAGAUGUAUACGAACAAGAAAAGAGCACGAGACGCGAUCAGAAUUUGACCACGUGGGUCGUGCAAGAGUCUGGCACCAUUUGCACGCUUUCUCCGAACGGUACCGCAAACGGGGAUCACUCGUUCUUGAAUCUCGCAGCGUCGCCACAAAACACUCGCACCAAAACUGUCGGGUUCUCAAAGGACUGCUUCAAAAAGCUUAAAAGGAACAACAGUUUUCGUUCUCGGGAUACAAAUUCCGGCCGGGCGGGAAAGAAGCGGUCUUCAUCAGCGACACGUAGCAGGCCGCGACAAGUCGACUCGCAGUUUCUUACAGGCAAUGUACUUGACUGGACCGAAGAGAAGAUUAAAAACCAAAAGGAAUGGAUCAAGGCAGCGCGUGUGCUGGACAGGCUGUUUUUGAUCAUCUCCAUCUUCUCCUUUAUUGCCACGUUACUGACAAUCUUCCUGCGGGCUCCAAGGUUCCGUCUUUCUCAAUAAGAAAGCAUCAACUCAGCCUUUUGAAAACCGUGACAACGUGUUCGGAAAAAGGAACUUUAUCUCGUGUUGGGUGUGAAGCAUUACUUCACCCUGGGUCAACGCGAAGAAAGAGGGAGUUAUACUUUUAUAAAAUGCAUGACAGGUAACUGAGCGUAGAGAUUGAAGCUGAUCUAUUUUCACUUGCUUGCUCGUAUCAUUCCUUGCAUUAAAUUUUUACCCCUUAGCUACAAAUGUACCUCCAAACACUUUUUAAACCACUUGUAAAAUAACUAAGGCUGAUCUGCCCCAACAUUUCCGAACUGUGAUUCCUGUCUAACCAUUCAGUGGUGUGCCACGUUCGUUACUGGAUGACUGUCGUUUGCCAUGACUUUUGUCCUGCAUGGAUCUUUUUUAGAUUAGUUUAAGAUCGCUCUUUAAUCAUUUUGGGAUAAAUAGAAUUCGUUUUGAUAACAUCCGAAUAGUCUUUUUAACUUGUUUUACGAAUACAUAGAGGAGUUGACACUUUUUCGCAUGUUUACCUACGAGGAGUUAGUCGACUUUGUAGCUUUGAGCGCUGAAAUUGUACAAGUAAAGGUGCCGAUAAUCAUAUUACGUCUAACGAGAAAGGUAGCCAUAUUAAUAGUCCUUACUGAAUCAGAAGAAAAGGAAAAGUGUAAGACUACUACAGACUUCAUGUUGCCUAGCAACAUUUUGAAGCCCAACUUUCAUCGACUGCGAUUAAAAAAUUUAUAUUUUUAGAUAUAAAACUGAGCCUCACUAGAGAUAACGCACAAACUUUCGACAAAUAAACCUUCAAAACAGUUUUUUUUGUGCUUAA